GGUGGCAUCGCCAACGUUUGAUACUCCGACAGCGCUCCAGGCGGCAACAAUCUGGCCUUGACUGUCGAAAAUAUCCGUAUUCUCAGCAGUUGCGUCGUCCAAGUCUGUCCCUCACUCCGGAGACCCUGUCGAGCCGGAUCGCAUAACAUUUGUUGCUGGCUAUGGCUGCCUCCAACCCUUCACAGCUCUUCCUUCUGGCAGACCAUAUCAAGCUGUCGCUUUUAGAAAGGCAGAGGGCCAUAUCCUUGAACCUAGCUCCAAACACACAGGACGCGCAGAUAUCGAGGAGUCUAGAUCAAUUACAGUCCGGAAUCGCUGCGCUGGAAUCGCAGGCCUCCGGCUGGGACGACCCUCUGAAUCCGACCUCAGAGCAACAGGAAUUCUCUGAACAAGUCAAGCGGCUCAAGUCCCAAUACUCCGACCUCUCCUUACAGUUCCGCGGCUCCCAGCCAAAUGACCCUUCAACCUUAACCUCGCCCAACGAUCCUGCCUUGAGCGCGGACUUCUCUGCUGCGAGCUCGAGGAAACCUUCCAAAUCGGUCAGAUUUACAGACAACCCCUCGGCUUCGGCGGCCGGUCCGACUCAGAACAAGUAUGCGCCGUACCGUGACGACCCAUCCGACGAGGAACCGCCAGAUCACUCGCAACUGUCGAACCAACAGAUUCACGAGUACCACCAGGAAGUGCUACGCGAACAAGAUGAGCAGCUAGACAGACUCGGUGAAAGUAUAGGCCGGCAACGGGAUCUGUCCAUCCAGAUUGGCAACGAGUUGGAUGAUCAUGCCAUGCUUCUCGACGAAGUCGACGAGCGAGUGGAUCGGCACCAAGGCCAAUUGGAUCGAGCAAACAAAGGAUUGAACACAUUCGCAAGAAAGGCGAAAGAGAAUUGGAGCUUGACCGUCAUUAUACUUCUUAUAAUCAUCUUAGUUCUUCUAAUCAUAAUCACCAAAUGAAAGCUGAUGGCGGUGGUAGGAGUUUAUUAGGUACUUUGGCUCUCGUCUUCGCUUCCGUCGGUGUAUAUCAUAGGCAAUGGGGUUUUUUUUAUAUAGACUAUAAGGCGCAGGGCUCGAUCGAGCGUACUAAGUACAGUGCAGCGCCAAAGUCAUAACAUAUCAAUCUGCCUUGUUCAUACAUUAUGAUGGUCGCAUGCUAGCUUUUUCCCAUGUCCAUUCUGAACGUUUGCUUAUGGUCAAGACUAGAACCUCAGAUUGCCCACCGAAUUUGAUCAGACAUUUAAGCCAUUUGAUACACAAAUUCCC